AUGUAUCAAAUUGGUGCUCGUAGCAGUGUGUAUUCAGCUAUGAACAGAGUGCGGAAAACUGGAUCCUACAUCUAUGAAGAAUUUAUGCCAACUGAUGGAACAGAUGUUAAGGUUUAUGCUGUAGGACCAGAUUACGCUCAUGCUGAAGCCAGAAAGUCUCCUGCACUUGAUGGUAAAGUUGAAAGAGAUAAAGAUGGCAAAGAAGUCCGAUAUCCUGUAAUUCUCAGUGCCAGGGAGAAGUUCAUUGCCAGAAAGGUUUCACUUGCCUUCAAGCAAACUGUGUGUGGUUUUGAUCUUCUCCGUGCCAAUGGGAAAUCCUAUGUCUGUGAUGUUAAUGGAUUCAGUUUUGUAAAGAAUUCUAGCAAAUAUUAUGAUGAUUGUGCUAAAAUUCUUGGGACAAUGGUCAUGCGUGCUUUAGCACCACAGUUAGAUAUUCCCUGGGUAUUAGGAUCAGCUCCUGAAGAUGUACCCGUUGUCCCAACAACAUCUGGCUCAAUGAUGGAGCUUCGCUGUGUCAUUGCAGUCAUCAGGCAUGGAGACAGAACACCUAAACAGAAGAUGAAAAUGGAGGUCAAGCACAAAAAAUUCUUAUUGAAUGAGAAUAAAAUUAAAAAAAACAGUGUAAUUGAAGAGAAAAAAGCUAAAUUGGAGCAACUGAAACUUGUAUUAGAAAUGUAUGGACGCUUUUCAGGGAUCAAUCGUAAAGUGCAGAUCAAAUAUCAGCCUCAUGGCCGACCUAAGCGCUCAUCAAGUGAAGAGGAUUGUCCCCGAGAUCCCUCUUUGGUAUUGAUAGUCAAAUGGGGAGGCGAAUUGACACCAGCAGGUAAAAUCCAAGCUGAAGAACUUGGAAAAGCAUUCCGAACUCUUUAUCCAGGGGGUCAAGGGGAAUUUGGUGCCCCUGGUCUAGGUUUUUUGCGCCUUCAUAGCACAUUCCGGCAUGACUUGAAAAUGUAUGCAUCCGAUGAAGGAAGAGUGCAAAUGACUGCAGCUGCCUUUGCCAAGGGCUUGCUUGCGUUAGAAGGAGAACUGACGCCAAUCCUGGUCCAGAUGGUGAAGAGUGCCAAUACAAAUGGUUUAUUGGAUAGUGAGGGAGAAAUGUCAAAGCACCAACAAAUUGUUAAAGAGAGAUUAAAAGAGAUUUUAAAUCAAGACAGAGAUUUCACUGCUGCUGAUUAUACCAAAUUGGCUGCCACUGGAAGCAUUUCUGUGUACAAUGCCAUGAACUUUGUUUGUAAUCCUCGGCAAAUGUGUGAAAAAGUACAUGAAAUGGUCAAAGAAAUAACAGCCAAGAUACGUUCUCUAAAGUUGGAGUUGAAAGCUCGAGAUCUGAAGUUAUACCAUGGUGAAUCAUGGGAGCUACUGAUACGUCGCUGGGCCAAGUUGGAGAAAGACUUCAAAACAAAACAAGGCUUGUUUGAUGUCAGUAAGAUUCCAGACAUUUAUGACUGCAUUAAAUAUGACCUGCAGCAUAAUCAUCAUACCUUACAGUAUGAACGAGCUGAAGAACUUUUCAACUGCUCAAAAGCAUUGGCUGACAUUGUAAUUCCUCAGGAAUAUGGAAUAACAAUGGAGGAAAAACUCCAAAUUGGCCAGAGCUUAUGUACUCCACUGCUGAGGAAAAUCCGAAGUGACCUUCAACAAUGUCUUACCUUAGGACAAGAAGAAACUACACGUUUAGAUUCAAGAUAUUCCAAAGGUGUCUCAUCACCACAGAGAUUUGUACGGACACGCCUGUAUUUUACAAGUGAAAGUCAUAUACAUUCAUUGUUAUCAAUGAUACGAUAUGGUGGACUCUGUGAUGAAAAUAAAGAUGAACAAUGGCACCGAGCAAUGGAGUACAUUAGUGCCACUGGUGAACUCAACUACAUGACUCAAAUUGUAAUCAUGAUGUUUGAAGAUCCUAACAAGGAUCCUAUGUCUCCUGAGAGAUAUCACAUUGAAUUACAUUUCAGUCCAGGUGCCUAUACUUGCUGUGAUACAAAACGAAGUCUUCCCCAAGGUCAUGGAUACAGAACACUGACCAAAGCAGACCAGCUCCAGCUGUUGUUUCAAAAUGAAGACGGAUCGAGGAGAAUAGCUGGUGGUAGCAUGGUCAAUUUGAAAAGUCACUCGCUGCGACCAAUUCCAGUAGCUACUGAAGAACUCAAAGAAGUACCAGAAGUUCCCGAUUUAGAGACCGUUUCAGAAGAGGAUGGAGAAAGCAAUCUUAAGCCUAAGAAGUGUGUGAAAAUUAUUCCUGGGCCUAAAUCUCCAGAUCCUAACAUUCCUGAGUGGGACUGGGGAGAUGUUGAGCAACCUGUAUCCAAAGUUGUAGCUAUCCCACCUAUAAACUUUCAACAGGGAGAAUUUGUUGUUGAACGACGCCGAUCCCAAUCACUAGCUGAACCGUGUAGCCCUAGCAGUAUGUCUAAUCCAAUAGACAUCCAGCCUGUGUCAACCCCCAAGGAUGAUUCUGAUGGAACGGUCAGGUCACAGAGUUUAGAGGAGAAACGGAGUCGAAGUCUUGAAGACAAGGAUAAAUAUCCUUCUUGUGGCUCCACAACAUCACUUUUUGACCGCCAUUACUUGACUGUCCAGUUGCCUGUGGCAGACUAUAGACACAGACGGUCUUUCUCCUCAUUGUUUGCUGUCAAGCCUGACCAGGUCCCUGUGACUGGUCUUCUGCGAACUAGUGUACUGACCGGGUCAGCUAGUGCUCCUGACCUAGUGACUGCCUACCGAGUGCAAAACGAAGAGGGUAUUGAAGGAUUUACAAUGGUGCCAUCCGUGAGAGCUCUUGAAACAUUGCACAAUGUUCUUACAUUAAAUGACAUGGACAAGUUCCUGAUGAAUGCAAUGUCAAUACGCUUCAAUACACCUGCCUCUUCACCUCCUAAUGAGGCUUCCACUCCAAAUUCUCAAAGACCUUCCAUUGCACCUUUGGGGGCGCUUCACAAAGCUCAGAGCUUGUCGUCUUCUACGAAUUCUAGUGCUGGUCCAUCUUCCCCAACUUCUUGCUCAACACCAGUUGAUCUUUGGCAAAGACUGACCAUGUUCAUCAGUGAUAACCAAGAUACAGAUCUUGAAGCUCUUGGCCAGCCCAGUGCCAGUAGGUCUGCUAGUGAAUCAUCUGAUGGCAGACAAAUGGAUACCAAUAAAGAGUACCACUGA